AUGUACAGACUUACUAUACUUUUCAUUGCCGGGGCAUUCCUUGGACUGAUUUGUAAAAACCAUCCUCAAGGUAAGAAAAAGUUAUCGAUUAUUCUGUUUACCGUGGCCGCUUUCGCCCCAGGACGCAAACGUUAUUUUCCCCUUCAUUUUCACUUACUCACAAAUCCACGUGCCAUGAAACUCUGUUCUAAAGUGGUAACAAAUGAAACUAUUUUAUGCAACUUCUAGAUGACCCAUGCAGCUUUUCUCCUUUAUGUAAGAAUGGCGGGAAAUGUUUCUACGAUGGUGAAGAUUACAGCUGUCAAUGCCUUGAAGGAUUUGUUGGAAAAAACUGUCAGUUCAGUAAGUUACCUUGCAAAGUAGGGCUUAAGUAAUCAUCAUCAUCUUUGUCAGUUACAAUAAUAUAUUUGCUGGUUUUUUAGAAUGCAUUGAUUCAAAUCCUAAACAGUGUCGUUUGUGGGCGGCAAGGAACGAGUGCAAGAAAAAUCCGAAGUACAUGAAUUCAAACUGCACAAAGAGUUGCCUAUGCGGUGAGCAACUUAUAAUUUAUAUUAUAAUUAUUAUAAUUUAUAUUUAUAUUAUUAUUAUUAUAUUAUAAUUUAUAUUCUAGCAUUUAAGCCAUCUCUUUUCUACUGCUACUCUUCAUCCGAAAAAAAGACUACAUUUGUUGUCUCCUAAACAGGGGUGUAGCGUGAAAUUUUGAAGGAAUGCUCCCUCAGAAAGUUUUUAAAUUCAGGGUCUCGAAAAUGCCACUUCCAGCGUUUUCCACGCGACAUUUUCAGUAAUAAGUAUACGAAGGAAAAUGCAGCAGCUAGUUGUUUAUUUUACACAUCUCUGUCUAGUGUUAUAGAAUUAUAAUAACAGGAUAAAGGAAAUACUAACACAAAAACAACAAUAUAAUCCGAAAAUUUAUCGGUCAUCCCUAUUUAAUGAUAAAAAUGUCCUUAGAAAACGGGGAGCAUGCGCUUAUAUGGACACUACGCUCCUGCUAAAUAGACCCCUCCAACAAAACGCCUUAAAAUUAGUAGAGAUUCCAAUUAAAACUAGUAGAGAUCUUGAAAACUACCGAAGAUAAAUCUCCAUAAAGUCGCCGCAAUUUACAGACGUUCUUACUUAUGGCGGGGGAGACGUUUGAUGGCUCGACGUUUGUGCCCCCCUCCUCAUAUGUAAAAUUUCGCGAAUUUGUGGCAUGGAGCAAUACCUUCGCACGCUAUAAGCUUGGUCGGUCGGAGGUUAACAAAUCUUUGGACCUCCAGAUAUCUUCUUCAGUGGGUUAUUUUAAGAAGAUAAAUGCUUUUCUAGUUUGCACCAUGUGCUGUCAUGAAACUAUUCACGAUGAAUGGACUGGUAUUAAGAUAAAAGCGUGGUUGGGAAGUUAGAGUGAAUAUGGCUUAGAGCGCGGUUUUGCUAAACACUGGCUAAAUUCUAUUUAUAAUAAAUAAUUUUUAAUAAGGUGCUCUUUCCAACAGUGUAAAUGAAUAUUGGGUAUCUGGUCUUUAUCAAAACUUAAAGGGAAUCUAUUAAGGAGCGACACUACCCUCAUUAAUUCAGAGAAAAAAAAUAUGAUUAAACAAAAUGUCUAAUAGCCCCUCAUGGACAAACCACGUCAUUGUUAGGCGUCAAGCGGUCGAAAACAGUUGUGAUCAAUAAAAAAGUGACUGAAUACUCGGUCAGGGAUACAAACGAUAAAACUAGUAUGCCAUCACGUUCAAACAGUGACAAAUAAUGUUUUUAUCAUAUGACUUCUUGUUUUUUUGUGUGUGUGCUUUAUUAGAAUGUAGCGACUACGAUGUUCGUCAAUGUCCUGAAUGGGCAAAGGAUGGAGAAUGUGAAAGGAAUAAAGUUUACAUGGAAGCUUUCUGCAGAAGAAGCUGUGGCCUUUGUUGA